AUGGCGAGUGACCCGAUGUGGUCCACAGUGAACGAGGCUCGCCUGCUCUUUGCCGCGGAGGUGUUCCUGGCAAACAUUCCCUCCAUCGUCGCAGAGCUUAGCUCCGCUAAGUAUGCACUUUUUGUGUUUUCUGAUAAGUCCAGGAACGAGGUGAAGCAGAAGAGUUCAUUGAUACCCGCUCUAAGUGACGUCUACCGCAAGUUGCUCGAGGUGCGAGGCAGUCUGUGCGGAGAAAAACAGAGAUUGAGCGAAGUUGAGACGCAACUAGUGCGGUCGUCGCCACCCAAGUUCAUCUCUAUGGAAGAAGCCCACCCUGCAGAGACUCCAAGCGCUGUUUACACAAGUGAUCACCGCCGCAGCGAUUUCGCAGAGGCCGAAAACGAACUACUCACGGAAGAAAACCUUGUGACGCCUCCUGCUGCAGCAAUUGAGGCGCCCACAUCUGCUUCUGUUGGGGGGGCAAAUAGUUAUGGGGCGAGCAGCGGCGCCGCACCCAGUGGCGAUGCUGCGCAGACUGUGGUGGUAUUGAGCGCGGACGACCUCAAGUGGGUGCGGGAAUCCGAGUCUUUGCUUGAGGAAGAGCGAGAUAGUCUGGUGCGUCUCUCAAGGGAGACAAACGAGAUGGAGGAACAAUUAGAGGAGGCUCGGUCCCUCUGCGAAAAGAUGACAAAGCACGUUCAAAGCCAUAAGUGCAUGUACGAAACUUCAUGCAGUGAACUUAUGAAAGUAAAAAGUGAGCGGCGUCAAUACGCGGUGAUACAAGAGGAAUGGGAAGAACGAUCUAAGAUUAUUAAUGAGGCUCAACAGGAGAUGGAGGAAUUGUUUGCACUCUGUCGGCAUGAGGAGGUGGCCAUCAUUUCCGGCGCUGUAGAUGGGUUACGCGAACGCGUCGGCAUAAGCCACAAGGAAAUUGAGAAGAAGAAACACUCUAACGAGGUGGAGUUGGCUGUAUAUCAGAUUGCCUACAAGGAACAACAAGCUGUUGUAGAUGAGUUGAGAGACGCCAUCAGUUAUCUUAAGCAUCAUCAGUGGGAGUUGGAACUGAUUGCAAAACGGCAAGAGAUUGAAAAGUUGAAAAGAAACAGUAUACAACGAGUUUUGAUGUCCUCUUUGCACAUGUCUCUGGACACGAGAGAGAUGGUGGCACAGGAACUGAUAGAGCAGCAGCUUGACGAAGUUAAAGAAGAUCACCGAAUGGUGAGUUUUGUGUCCGCACGCAUUGGUGUGAUGGAGGCGCGCCGAAAGGCGCUUGUGGCAGAGUUACUUCGUAUUUCCCCCUCAGAAAGUGACUCCACACGUGUGAAAUGCGCACUACGGCGCAUGCGGGACCUUUUGAAGGAAGAAAUCAUCGUUGACGAAUCAACGCUGCAGGAUGACGAAAGUGUCACCUCUUUGUACAAUAGGGAUGUCUCGCUGCCGCGUUCCUAG